AUGACUUCAGAAGACGAGGCAAUGCGCCGACGAACACGCCCGGUGUCCGCCAUGAGCGGCCGAAAGCGUGCCAUUCAAGAGGAGGAAGUGGAAGCGCAUGCGCCAGAGCCGAAGAAGCUUCGUACUCGUGGCCCAGUUGAGAGCGAUGUGGUCGGCAGCAAGCCUCAAGCUGCCGUGGUAUCAAGCUCGCGAGCCCGCAGUGGUCUUCUCACGCCAGAACCCAGCACCUUGACCGAAUCGCAACUCGAGCCUCCAGCCGACACCUCAGAGACGUCCGAGACUGCAACGGCAAACUUCUUCCCCUUCAUGAAGCUUCCCGCCGAACUGCGCAUCCACAUCUACCACAUGGCGCUCGUGCGCGAAGAGCCGCUCCUCCUGCAUGCCGACCGCGCGCCCGAGAAACCCGAAGACGGCGACGACCUUCUCGCAGCACCGCGUCGAAACAACCUCUACGCCCCCUACAUGCCCCGUCACGAACUGCCCGGCCCCGGCUACGCCUUCCAUCGACCCAGACAGGGUCCCGAGCGCAUCCCGCUAGACGACCCCAUCGUUCCCGAGAUCCUGCGGCUGAACAAGUUGAUAUACCGAGAGGCGCGUCAAGUCCUGUACAGCGACAACGUCUUCACCCUCAGCCUCACAAGCGGCAUCCACACCCUCUCCACACUACACCAGCGCUCGCGCAGCCUCAUCAAACACGUCGUCCUCACCAUACCCUCCCACCACGAUAUCCUCGACGGCUUCGCCGACCUCGUCCGCCUGGGCCUGCGCUACUGCUGGGGUCUCAAGACCUUCAAAAUCAUCCUCCAAGCCAGCCUACCAGACGACGGACGGGUGACGGGCGCAACAAGCGUAUACGCCAACGCAUUCCACAUACUUCGAUGGCUGCCACGCGGUUGCAACGUCGGUCUCGAAGGCAACGUGAGCGAUACCGUCAAGCGCGUUGUCGCCGAAGAAGGCAGAUUACAGGCUGUACUUGAUGAGGCGAGUUAUCUCAAGAGACAGCAUCAGAUGCCGGAGAGGCAUUAG